AGUUAAUGUGGAAUAAUAAUUGUGUUUUUGUGGGCAGCACGAAAGGUUUUUGACGUUUGGGUGUUUACGGUUUGAUUCGAUUGCAUUUUCAUACAGUAGCUGUGGCAUUGGUCGUAUUUCUAUUAGGACUACAAAACAGACGAAAAUGUCGCAUAACGUGAAAGUGUGUGACAUAGAGGACGACGUAAAAGAGGCGCUGAAAGCAUUUCGUUUUCGUAAGAGCGAUAAAAAUGCCGCGUUGAUAUUAAAAGUCGAUCGAGAAAAGCAGAAAAUAUGCAUCGAUGAACAAUUAGAGGAUGUAAGUCCUGAUGACCUCAGAGAACUCCUCCCAAGCCAUCAGCCAAGGUUUGUUGUUUAUAGUUACCGAAUGGAACAUAAAGAUGGAAGAAUCUCAUUUCCCAUGUGUUUCAUCUACAUCACACCAAGAGAUAGCCAAAUGGAGUUGCAGAUAAUGUAUGCUGGCACGAAAUUGGCUCUGCAAAAGGAAGCUGACCUGACUCGCGUUUAUGAGGUCCGCGAGCUUGAUGAAUUAACAGAGGAGUGGCUGCAGGAAAAGCUCAGCAAGUGAAAGCCACAGCAUAAUUAUAAAAACUGUUUAUAUUAAAGUUCAUUAAUCUACAGUAUUUUGUACAAAUCACAUCUAAAAAAUGGAGCUGACCAGUUACAUGCAAAUAAGAUAACAGCCAAGUUUUUAUGAAUAGUGGUGAAACACUCCCAUUCUGCUACUUAGGAGAUAUUUGCAACACUGUGAUGUAUGAGCACACAAACACACACAGUUGUCCAUGACUAUAAUUGUGACCAGAGGUAAUGAAUACUGUAUGCACAGGCUCCCAGCUGCAGUUUAGUUUGAUAUGAGGGAGUAGAUCAUGCUGCAACAAAAGAAAACAAAUUACUACUGAAUAAAUCUUUUAGAAUGGAGAGACCUUGUUACAUUCACAACUCUAAGAAAUAAUGAAAGGAAAAUGCAGCUUUCUUUCCUUUACAAAUAUUUAAAUAUUGUUUUCCACUUUCAAACUACUGCUUGAUAUGUAACUUUACCUGACCCAGUUAACUGGUACAGCAAUUUCCACUGAAGAUUUAAAUAGCUGCUAAACAAAAUCUGUAUUCAAAAGUACACAAUAAGAGCAUUAACAAUUUUUAUUGCAAGUUUCAUAACAUGCCUCACUAUAGGUACUUCCACAGUAUACACAUCUAUUGUCUUUUGUAGCACAAAUAUUAACUCUGAACUGAGUUGUAAGCAGAAAAGUACAAAAUAAUGAUUUAUACAUUGUUUUGAAUGUAUUUAUGAUUGUUAUUUUCAUCAAUAAAGGGACCAAAGGACAA